UAGUUGGUAGCAUGCCAUGCUACUAUAUAUAUUAUUGUUAAUCACUUAUUUUUAUGAAUAAAUAUUAUAUUUCAGUUUCCUUAACAGCAGCACCAAAAACAAGACCACUGAAACCUUUUUCAAUGUCUUCGGAUUCUCCUCUUCCUCUACCUCAAAACCCCGUCAUUGUUGGGUUUGGUGGAGUUGGUGUUGAUCUUUUAGCAACGGUUGAAUCGUUUCCAAAACCAGACACCAAGAACAGAACCACUCAACUUAAGGUGCAAGGUGGUGGAAAUACAGGAAAUGCUUUGACUUGUGCUGCACGUUUGGGCUUAAAGCCUAGGAUCAUUUCUAAGGUUGCAAAUGAUGCUCAAGGUAGGGCUUUGAUCGAAGAGCUAGAAGCUGAGGGUGUGGACACUUCUUCCUUUGUGGUCUCAAAGGAAGGGACUACACCAUUUAGCUACAUUAUUAUUGACAACAACACGAAAACACGCACUUGUAUAUUCACCGAAGGAUAUCCUCCAUUGGUACCAGAACAUCUUUCGCGAACAAAAUUGUUAUCUGCAUUGAAUGGAGCUAGGUUGGCCUAUUUUGAUGUUAGAAUGCCCGCAACUGCUCUUGUCAUUGCUCAAGAGGCGUUUCGCCAGAAUAUAUCCAUCUUAGUUGAUGCCGAAAGGCCAAGGGAAGGAUUGAAUGACAUCUUGGACUUAGCCGAAUAUGUUGUAUGCUCACAAAAUUUUCCUCAGGCAUGGACAGAGACAUCGUCUAUAGCAAGAGCACUUGUUUCAAUUAUUUUAAAGCUUCCGAGACUCAAAUUUGUGAUUGCAACUUUGGGAAAAGAUGGCUGCAUAAUGCUUCAGAAAUGCGCAGAUGCAGAAGAUUCUCAAUUAGAAGAAGUGGAUAUCGACAACUCUAUGAAAUCUUUAACAGUGCAAAAAGAUGAUAGCAUAGCCAUGCCAACCUGCAUUGCCUCAAAUGUUACAAAAUUUAGAGCAGAAGGGAUAGGAUCUGUAUGCGGGAGAUUAUAUUUCGGGACAUCUGAAAAGAUUCCGCCAUCAGAACUUAUCGAUACAACUGGCGCAGGGGAUGCAUUUGUUGGAGCUGUUUUAUACGCUAUCUGUGCCAACUUGUCGCCAGAGAAAAUGUUGCCGUUUGCUUCUCACGUGGCAGCUGCUAAAUGUAGAUCUCUUGGAGCUAGGAGCGGUCUUCCAUAUCGCAUCGAUCCAUACUUGGCAUCCUUUAUUAAUUAGAGCAUCAACAUUAAAAUCGAGUCAUUGUAUUUCAGUUUAUAAAUAAUUAAUCUUUUAGCUCAAAAAUUCUUGUAUUUUUUCUCUCUGUUUCUUCUCGUUCUAAGUUAAAUUGUAAUGAUUUAGUGUGAUAAAUUUGUAAAGCAAUAUAAAAUUUGCAUUUUCAUUUCA